AUGAAGGCUUUUGUCGUAAUCCUUGGUUUUCUUGGUUUCACUCUGGCAAUUUCCGUAGAUGAUACACAUAUUCACGCUGCCAAGAAAUUGGUGGGGAAAAAUAGCGCCUCGCCGACAGGCCGCUUUUUUGAGAAUGUAGGCUAUGGUAAGACAACCCCAAGUGGUGAGGUCGAUCCAGAGUAUUGGCGUGCAUUGGCUCGCAGUAAGUUGAAAAGUCUCGUAGAGGAAACCUACAACUACAAGCAGGCGAAAAAUGUGAUCUUUUUUCUGGGCGAUGGUAUGUCGCUGAAUACAUUGACGGCCUCACGUAUACGAAAGGGCCAGUUGAAGGGCAAUCCCGGCGAGGAAGAUCAGUUGAGUUUUGAGAAGUUCCCCCAUGUCGGGUUGACUAAGACCUAUUGCACCAACGUCCAAGUGUCCGAUUCAGCCUGUACUGCCACCGCCUAUUUAUGUGGUGUAAAAGCGAAUUCCUUUACUCUCGGUGUUUCGGCCAAAGUCGAGUAUGACAACUGCUCCAUGAGCAUGGAUACAGAUAAUCAGCUUAGCUCUCUGGCUGAUUGGGCCCAAAAGGCUGGCAAGUCUACUGGCUUUAUCACAACCACCACUUUAACACAUGCCAGUCCAGCCGGAUUAUAUGCAAAAUCUGCCAAUCGCAAGUGGGAAUCAGAUACGGAUAUACCCCCCAAUGUGAAACAGGAAGGCCCAUGCAUGGACAUUGCCCAGCAAUUGAUCAAACGUUCCCCAGGUCGCAACUUCGAUGUUAUAAUGGGUGGUGGUAUGGGCAAGUUCUUGCCCAACACUGUAGUUGAUGUUCAUGGUACAACGGGUGAACGAUCUGAUGGCCUUGAUCUGUUAGGCCUAUGGAAGGACAUGCAUCCACGUGGAGUUAUUGUCAGCAACCGCGAUGAAUUAUUGAAUGUGAAUGUAAGCAAGGCGACGCAUAUCAUGGGUAUAUUUCAUUCCGACCUUAUGGACUACCAUUCCCUUGCGGAUCCAGCCACAAAACCCACUCUUUCUGAAAUGACAGAGGCAGCCUUAAAUCACUUGAGUCGAAAUGAAAAUGGCUACUUUAUAUUCAUUGAGGGCGGUUUAAUCGACCAAGCCCAUCAUUCUGGCCAAGCUAAGCUCAGUUUAGAUGAAACGCUCGAAAUGGAAAAGGCCGUUCAAUUAGCUGUCACCAUGACCAAUGCGGCUGAUACUCUCAUUGUAGUGACGUCAGAUCAUGGCCACCCCUUGACGAUUGCUGGUUAUCCUGAUCGUGGCACAGACAUUUUGGGCCUAAAUCAAGAUGAUGUAGAUAGCAAUGGCAUUAAAUAUGCCAGCCUCAAUUAUGCCGUAGGUUCCCAUCAAUAUUUGGAUGAAAAUGGUAAACGCAUAAAUUUGGAGGGCAUUAUAUCCGAUGAACCCGGUUUCAUCCAUCCCAGUCAAAUUCCAAUUUAUGGUGGUGUUCAUUCUGGUGAGGAUGUUGGUGUAUUUGCACGAGGUCCUCAUUCUCAUCUCUUCCGUGGAGUAAUGGAACAGAAUACCAUUCCACAUUUGAUCGGUUAUGCGGCGUGUAUCGGCGAAGGAGCCACGUUGUGCAAUUCAAAGCUAUAA